AUGAGUUCCGUAGAACGCGUGGAAGACAAACGAUUGGUAAACGGCCUCACGGAAUUCUUUUUAAAUUGGGAGGGAGAUUAUAUCUAUCCGCGCAGUAAAAAAACUUGCGAGGCUGUGGAAAAUCCGGCUGGUCCCGACUUGAUAUCAGCAUGCGAAGAGUCGCCCAAGAAGCGCGUAGCAACAGCAGUCUCCACACCAGAAACCAUUCGCAGCAAUCGCCAAUCAUUCAUGGAAGACGAGACCGAAGAGACGCGUGAGCGGAUCGGCUUUCAGCGCGAACUGGUGCCGUCAAAAAUACUUGGAGCCACCGCCUCGCUGGGCAAACUCAUGUUCCUGAUGCAGUGGAAGGACAGCGAUCAGGCCGAUCUGGUGUCUGCCAAAGUGGCCAACGAACGCUGCCCACAGGUUGUGAUUGCGUUCUACGAGGAGCGCCUCACCUGGCACACUGGCAAUGGCAAUAGCAGCGGCAACGGUGGCAAAGCCGAGGCUGAGGCCGAGACCGAGUCGGAGCAAGAACCUGAGGCCGAGGACAGUACAGCUAGUACAUAAGCAUUUAAUUUAAGCAGCCUCACAAACGGAAAAUGUGUGUAAAAUAUCUGCCCAUAGGAAUAUGUUAAUUAUUGACUUUGUUCAUUAAUUGUGACCUUCAACAUCCGUCCUACAAUUACCUAAAUAAAAUGAAUGUUCUGUAAUCAAAUAAAAUACAAUUCGCCAAAUGUAAAAUAAAAAUAUAAGCAGUUGGAAGAGAGGCAGUUGGAACCUUCUGCCUCCCUCCCACAAACUG